CGAAUAAUUACUGGCAUUGUGGGAUUUUUCUCACCUCUAAUAACCGCGCGGUUUUUUCUUUGUAUUUCGUUAGCAUAUUUUUUUCAACUGAACUGAAUUGAAUGUGAUUAGUCUGUUAUUAUGGCGGCCCUGAGCAACCUAAAACAGUGUCCACCGUUCUCCACGCUGCCGGAUCUGGCGCUGCGGCACAAUCACAUCCCAGAGCUGGAACGCUAUCCGCAAAUAAACCUGAACAGCGAACUUCUGGCUAAUCCGGCUGGUCAGCGAUACUACGCCGGACAGAGCUUCGUGUUUGUGAAUGAGGGUGUCCUAAAGCGCAUAGCUCGCAGCUUCUUUAAUGGCGGAUUCUGGAAGACGCUGGAGGAGGCACGCAGCCCAAAGACUAGGGAGCAGGCGCCGCUUAUUGCCCAAGCGGGUGAUUUAAUCGCACAAUUUCUGGGCCUGGCCACCAGCCUGAGGAUCCUCCCGCACACCCAGCAGCUUAGUGCAGAACGUAUUGCUCAGUUCGUGGAGACCAGGGAUUGGAUCAACAGCGAUGUGCGCUAUCUUGCCUGGAAUCAGCACUUCUUUUGCUUAGCCGUAGCCGGUGUAGACGAUGUGGUGCGCAUCUACACAAAGAGUUCCAGCGCGGCCACUGCCACUGUUUUAAAGAGUCCUUCCCAAACGCAGAUCACCUGCAUGGCGUGGCGUCCACUCUGCGCUUCCGAGAUCGUGAUAGGUUGUCGGCAGGGUCUUUGUUUCUGGGAAGUGGACAACACUUUGCACUUGGGACGCACAAAUGCACCCAGCCAGAUUUUUAAAUACCCCAACAAUCUGCCAAUAACCUCGAUGCAGUGGAACAAGGAUGGCACCCACUUGGCCACCGCGUCCAUAGGAGAUCGUUCCAUCAUUAUCUGGCAGCCGGACACCGGAAUGAUGCACCCACUAAAGCGUCUGGGUCCGCCGGGCUCACUGCUGAAGUGGUCUCCGGAUAACGACUGGCUGUUCGCAGCCACCGUGGAUCGGGUGUUCCGCGUGUGGAACUGCCACCAGCAAUGGACCACCGAGCGAUGGGUGUGCGGUCCCGGAGGCUAUAUCCAAACAGCCUGUUGGUCGCCCUGCGGUCGCUUCCUGCUCUUCGUCAGCAGUGCCGAACCGAUUCUCUACCGCCUGCAGUUCGUUCAACAGAGUCUGCUAUCCUCUUCGGCGGAUGAGAAGGAAAUCCUGCCUAUUGCAGAUCUAAAUGCUUGCAGCAUUGAUGCAAAUCGCACGCUUGUAGGUGGUCCCGCCCAGCAGCUUGCUUGGGAUCCGCAUGGCAACUACCUGGUGGUCACAUUCAAGGCGACCAACUGCAUCGCCGUCUUCCGCACCUUCAUACAGAAAUUCGAUCUGCAGAUCUCGGCGGCUUACUAUCUGAGCGGCGAGACGGCGGCGGAGCACCCGAACUUCAUCUGCUUCCAGCCACUCUACGAGGAUAACGAUCGCUCCGUGCUGACGAUCGCCUGGUCGUCGGGCCGCAUCCAGUACUAUGCCUUCGACUGAUCUUAAAGCUUAGUGUUUUUCAUUGUAAUAAAUUAUUUGAUUUGGUUUUUGUAAGCGUUAAUACACAGUUAAACAGGUUAA